GGAGAGCAGUCGCCCGCUCCUCGCAGCAGGUGCGCACGUCCGCCGCGCGGCCCCGAGAGGCGCCCGGCACAUCCUCAUCCUCAUCCCGGCGCGCUCCCGCCGCCCCCUCGAACCCCGCUCUCGGACCCCCCCGGAGCCCCGCUGGGGGCGGCGCAUGCGCGCGGCUCGGGGCAGAGCGGCGCGGGCACGAUGGCCGGCGGGGAGCAGCGCGGCGCGCCCGGCGGCCCCGAGCGGGUGGCGCUGAAGAAGGAGAUCGGGCUGCUCAGCGCCUGUGCCAUCAUCAUCGGUAACAUCAUUGGUUCUGGGAUCUUUAUAUCACCGAAAGGAGUUUUGGAGCACACUGGCUCGGUGGGACUGGCUCUCAUUAUUUGGGUGCUCGGCGGCGGGGUUGCUGCCCUGGGUUCUCUGUGUUAUGCUGAGCUGGGAGUAACCAUCCCCAAAUCAGGAGGGGACUAUUCCUACGUCACAGAGAUCUUUGGUGGGUUAGCUGGGUUUCUGCUGCUCUGGAGUGCAGUGCUUAUCAUGUACCCUACAAGUCUGGCUGUCAUCUCACUGACCUUCUCAAACUAUGUCCUGCAGCCCGUGUUCCCUAACUGUAUUCCCCCCUAUAAUGCCUCUAGGAUCCUCUCCAUGGUGUGUUUACUACUCCUGACCUGGGUGAACAGCUCCAGCGUUCGAUGGGCAACACGCAUUCAGGAUAUAUUUACAGCAGGAAAACUCUUAGCCUUGGCCCUUAUCAUUACUGUGGGCUUCAUACAGAUCUUUAAAGGAAACUAUGAAGAGCUGACACCGAGCAAAGCGUUCAAUUUUUGGAUGACUCCAUCCGUGGGGCAUUUAGCAUUAGCUUUCCUUCAAGGGUCAUUUGCAUUCAGCGGCUGGAACUUCUUGAACUAUGUAACAGAAGAGUUGGUUGAUCCCCGCAGGAACCUACCUCGUGCCAUAUUCAUAUCCAUCCCAUUGGUGACAUUUGUGUAUACGUUCACCAACAUUGCAUAUUUCACUGCCAUGUCACCCCAAGAGCUCUUGUCCUCCAACGCUGUGGCGGUAACAUUUGGUGAAAAGUUACUGGGCUAUUUUUCCUGGGUUAUGCCAGUCUCAGUGGCCCUAUCUACAUUUGGAGGAAUAAAUGGAUACCUUUUUACCUCAUCAAGGUUAUGUUUCUCUGGUGCCCGAGAAGGCCACUUGCCAAGCUUGCUUGCCAUGAUCCAUGUGAAAUACUGCACACCCAUCCCUGCCCUGCUCGUCUGUUGUCUGGCCACUCUUAUCAUCAUGCUUGUCGGAGACACGUACACACUAAUCAACUAUGUGUCAUUUAUUAACUACCUCUGCUAUGGAGUGACAAUUAUAGGCCUGAUCGUGUUACGCUGGAAGAAACCCAAAAUCUUCAGACCUAUUAAGGUGAACCUCCUCAUUCCCAUCACUUACCUGGCGUUUUGGGCAUUUCUGCUGGUCUUCAGCCUAUACUCCGAGCCAGUUGUCUGUGGAGUCGGACUCAUUAUCAUUUUAACUGGAGUGCCCGUGUUUUUUCUUGGAGUCUACUGGAGAAAUAAACCAAAGUGUGUAAAUAGGCUAAUAGAGUCGGUGACGUGCUGGGGACAGAAGCUGUGUUUUGUGGUGUACCCCCAGGGUGGGGCGGCCGAGGAGCCUGCUGCCCACUGCCACCUGCCCGCCAGCGACAAGCCCCCGAGGAAAUAGCGGAGCGGCCUCUGGGGCUUCUUGUUUACACGCCCAUUUUUGCAAAAAGAUUUUCUGGGAUUUAAAAAAAAAAAAAAGCAAAAAAAAAAAAAGCCUUAGAGAAUAGUGAGCUACACACUUUAUGGCAUCUGUAGCUUUUAGUUUUUCCCUAAGAAAAAAGAAAAAGAAAAAAAAAACAGAAAUAAAAUAUGAAAUAAGGCACUGGUUGUUUCUUUUUCGGCAGCACACUCGCUCGGCGGGGGAACGCAGCACAGCUACAGCUCUGAGAUACUGAUUCUAGCAGCCAUAAGGGCCUGUUUGAGACUGAGAGACUGGGGCAUGUGAAAGCAUUACUAAAGCUCCCCAUCACAAAACCAAAAUGGAGAAAGCCA